AUGUCACAGAAGGACCUUGGUGAUUUAAGAAAACACAUGAAAAUCCAGCAUCAUUCUCCUCAGGUUCCCAAAGAAGAUCAGAAUAAUUUUAGUAUUUAUGAAAUUAACAUGGAAUCUAGAAAAAGACCGUGUGAGAUAACCAACACCCAAAACCAAAGACCACAUUCACCUAAGAAGCAUUGACAGGAUCAGAUCACUUCCCUGAAUAAGACAAUUUCUGUCACCUUAGAUGUAAACCACAGGAAAAAAGAAAAAAUGAAAUAUGAGCUCACAUAUAAGAAGACAGGGAGCUUAUAUGCAGCACUGAGCACUCUUAAUGCUGUUAAAGAAGAGACAGAAAGUCUCCAAGGCAAAGAAAUGUUGGCAUGUGGCAUAGAAGGAAUUGAAGGGUAAAUAAACCUUGACAUACCCCUCAGUUGUUUUCCAGAAAGUAGCCAUGUGGUAAUUUCAUUUUCCAAAAUGGAAAGUGAGCAGAGAGAAGAUAACCAUGUGUUCAGCUGUUAUGACCAGGUAAGCACUAACUGCAUCAAAUUUUAUAUUCAUGCGGUUGGAAAAAGGAAGGAAAGAAUUCUGAAGUGUGAGGAACUUCACAAAGGGAACAAACUCUGUGUGUAUGGCUUCAAAGGAGAGACCAUCAAGAACGCUGUGAAGAGGGAUGGCAGGUUUCUUCCCUUUAUAGAAAACGACCACUGGAAACUCAUUACUAACCUGGACACCAUCAUAGAGAACACCCAACCAGUUGAUGAGUUAGAGGGCAAGCUGUUUCAGGUUGAAGUUGAGAUGAAGAAGAGCCCUAGGGUAGCAAAACUGAAUGAGAAUUUAGAGAAACCAACUUACCGUGAGCUAAAAGAAUACAUUGUGGAAGAGUACCCCACACUGAGAAGAGCAUGCGAAAAACUCAGAGCACACAUCAAGGAAGAAAGUGAGAAAAGAACAUUUAACUUUCAUAGAGCGAACUUCAAGAAGCUGGCAAAAAACUCCACCCCAACUAAAGUGCUCAAACUUCUUUCACAGUUCAGUGACUCAGUUGGGCUCAUAGUUUGGAACAAUAAUGGAAAUGAAGGUUUAGCUACCUGCUUUGUUUUUACUGGAUGGCAUAUUUUCACCUGGAGGCAUGUAAUCAAUGACAUUGUGGGUGAAGGCAUAGAACCAAGUAAGCGGGCUGACAUAAUCAGUCAGUAUGUAAGGGUGACUUUUGAUUAUGAAGAGUUCCAAGUAAGGGAGAAAAGCUAUUUUUCUGUUGAAACUUGGUUUGAGGUAUCUGAUGCUACUCUAGACUACCCUGUCCUGAAACUGAAGGAAAAUGAACAGCAGGUACCUGCAGGGCUGUAUAAUGGGAGAGCACCUGUACCAUCUAAUGGGUUGAUAUAUAUGAUUGACCAUCCUGAUAUAAAACAGAAACUUAAUGAUGGUUAUAUUUUGAUCCCUCAAGAUGAGCAAGGAAAGAAAUAUCAAGAACAUGUUCAAGAAAGAGAACCAGCAGGUGGCAGAGAUCCUACACAUUUUAUCUUUGUGUACACCCAAAGAAGUUUCCAAGAAGUGUUCCGUGAAUCUGGUAUGGUUACCUGUAGGAACACUUUUUUUUGUGGGUCUUCUGGAUCUCCUAUAUUUGACUCUAAAGGUUCUUUGGUGGCCAUGCAUGCUGCUGGUUUCACUUGUGACUACAAAAGUGGACUUUCCAGUAUCAUUGAGUUUGGUUUGGCUAUGGAAGCCAUCCUCACUGACAUUAAGCAAAAACAUGAAAAAUGGUACCAAGAGGAAUGUGUAAAUAGGCAGGAUGUAGAAAUGUUGAGUCUGGACUACUAA